GAUUUUCUAUAGAUUUUCGCUACAGUGAAGAAGGCAAGAGAAAAAACCCACGCUCCCCGUCUUCUUCUUCCUUCUGCUACAAAUCGCUUCUUCGAUUUCUGAACUUAGGGCUUUAUCGGCGAGUUUUCCAAUACACAUUGCUGCUGUUCCUUGUUUAGGAACAAGAAGGCGAUCGCCAUUCCAUUCACAGCGGAGGUGAAAGUGAACAGUGAAACAAAGGAAGAAGAAAUGGAUGAGGAAAUGGAGGUUGAGCCGGUUGUGUUUGAGGCUUAUGAAGUUGACAUUGAGUAUGAGUUUGAUGCGGCUAGGUAUUUUGAUUUCACUCGUGAGGAGAGUUUUGAUGAGGCUUGUCAAGCUGAGCUCUGGUUCCAGUCUGCUGGAAGUUACCCUCCUUCUCCGUUUGUUGCGAAACUGUUUCUGAUGGAAGAGUGUCUUUUCGAUAUUCAAAAUGCAUCUAAGAAAUCUGAGGACCAGAAUAACACAGUUGAUUCACUUAACGGUGGCAGCCAAGAAGCAAACAGAGAUUGCGAAGGAGCAAACAGAGAAAUCUUCACCAACUUACGGGAUGGAGACGUACAAAAAAUUCACAAUCAACAGCUUCAAUUUACAUCAGGAUCUAAAUCAUACAAUCAUCUAUCUCUGAACAAACCAAAAGUCAAACCCCCAUCUUGUGUCAAACCAUCUAAACCCCGGGGGACUACUCUGAUGAAACCAACAGCAAGCCACUUGGCGAGACAAAAUUUGCCUACUCAACUUACUGAUAUCAAGUUGCAGAGAGUACUUGUUAAAAACAAUGAGACAAGUGUCUGUAGUUUUGGGAUCGAAAGUCAAGCUAUCAAGAAGCAGAAGCUGGAUGGUGGUCACUCGCGCAAGGUGAAUGAAAUAAAGCAGCAGACUAGUUUAGUCCACAAGCUUCCCAAAAAGGAUGGGAUUGCUGAUAAAACUACUUUGAAUGCCAAGCUGAAGAUUACAAUUCCUAGGCAGCCUGACCUUGAAACAGCCCAUAGGGCACAUAGGACGAGACUGAAAAGUAGGGUGGAAGAAGAUUACGAGAUAACAACCACUCGAAGGUUUAGAGCCCGCCCGUUAAACAGAAAAAUUUUAGAGGCUCCAUCACUUCCGCUCCUAAAGAAAAGCACUCCCAAAUUGCCUGAGUUUCAAGAAUUUCACUUGAGAACGUUGGAGAGGGCCAUGCAAAAUACUUCUGCUGUUUCAUCCUCAGCCUUUCAUCAUGAUUUUUCUGACAUUACGGUCACUAGAAAUAUGGAGUCUAGAAGAUCAAAUGCCAUUGAUGAUCAAAAGCAUGAUGAGUAUCAUGUAAUGCAAAAUUUCAAGGCAUGUCCUCUUAAUAGAAAGAUAUUUUCAAGUAAAGGUGAAAUAGGUGUUUUUAGAAAUAGCAAGCAAGAAACCACAAUACCAAUGGAAUUUAAAUUCCACAGCGAGAAGAGAAUUCUGCAACCACCAACAGAACUUUUCAACAAGCUUUCGCUAACAUCUCAACUCCAUUCAAAUAAUGGACCUACAAAAGUUCCUCCCCGUCCGUCCAUAUCUUUGAAGAGCUCAAAGGAAAAUAAUUUGGUGUUGUUUCAACCAGAACAUAAGAUAAGUCAAUUGGUGAAAGAAACACCUCCAUUUGUGGAAAAGCAGAUUUAUAUGGGAAAUAAUGGAUGCGUAUCUGAUUCCUACAACAACCAGUUGAGCGUGAGGAAUCUGUGAAUUCGCCUAAGCAUUCAGAAUUUGAAAGAGUGGUUUCCUUCUGCUGGGGCAUCUGAUUUUGGUUUCAGCCUUUAAACAGAAACCAUUACAUGAUGUUGAUAACAACAGUACAGAAAAGUUUCUCGAGCUAUUUUUUCAUCAUAGAAAUCAAUUGAAGUCCAUAUAGUACAGAAAAGUUGCCUCUAGAUUUAUCUAACCAAGUCCUUGUGUUCCCCCAACUUGUAUCCAAAUCCAAAUAAAAGCAUGCAAGUUUGCCGGAUAAUGUAUAGCCCUCAUUCCCCCCUUUCCAGCUUCUUUUUAUCCCUGACGUAAAUGUAUUAUUCGCUACUCGAAAAAAUAUAGAUACACAGCUUCAUCUUCACAGUUACAUCCUCAUGUUUAAAACUUGCUAGACUCUUCAAACCAUCAAAUGGAAAAAUCUGAGGUAGAAGGAAGUCUUGAACUGAGGCUUCAUUAUAUAUGUACUAAACUCAUAGCUUCAAUAUUAUGGAAACACUGCUGUGAAUCAA